AUGCUCGAACAUGAUCCCAAUGCAUCCCGCAGAAAAAGACGCAAGACUGAUAAGCCCAACGAUGCCAGUCACUUGGAUGGUUCCAUAGCCAACUACAUCACGGCUAAAGAGCCCCCGUCAACUUCCAACGGUGAAAGCACUUCGGUUGAUGGUAUACCUACGCCCGCUGAAGAUGAUGGCCCUGAUGUGACCGAAGCUGAAGCUAGCGCUCCCCCUUCAACUCCUUUACCCGAAGUCGCGGCUCCUCACGAUAAUUCUCUUUCAAAGGAUGACUUUGCGCUGAAUAAGGCGACACCUAGGAGGUCCCCAAGACAGAAAACUAUCAAACUGAACCCUAACGGAAAGCUUCUAAGCUCGCCUGUCACGGAUAAGUCGGACAAGUCCACAAGGAAGAAGGAUAAGGGGCGCGGCAAAUCAGGUUCUCAAAAAGAAGGGGGCAACAAGCAUAAAGUCGUGAUCAUCAAAUAUUCCAACACAAAUGACGCUGCAGAGAGCUUGGGGAAACGCAUUGACGACAUCAUUAGUGGCCGGGCGAAACACACCCCUCCAGUUAAACAACAACCACCUAUUUGUCCUGCAGCUAAAGACGAACCGGCGAAACCUACUCAUCCAUUCUUUUUAAAGAAGGCGACGCGCAAAUCGGAAUCAUUGCAAUCUCAGAUUAACAACCAAGACUCUACAACGGUGGACAAGGAGGAGGAAGGAGUCACUAUGGCCCCAUUACCACCUCAUAAACCUCCAACACCAAGCUUAGGUGUCAUCAAGACAACCAUAUGCACCCCCUUUACACAGCGAGCUUCUAAGUUUCCAGAACCAAUGCAACCGGUAUGGCCUUCACGAGAUUUUAUCCAUGUCCGUGGAAACCAAGCAGGACAACCUAAUCUCCAGUAUGUUUCGAAUAUGGAUCGGAGGAAGUCCAAGAUGGCUGCUAUUAGCAUUCAAGACAAAGAGAGCAUACUCUCGCCGGAGAUGCAAGGAUUGUGUCAGGAGCCUGCCAAAAUCUUACGGAUACCUGAGAGGCAUGUCGCUAGCGGAAAUAUCCUACAAAAAGCAAUAGCCGAACAAUUAUCCCGGUCUACCUUGUCUAACCCAGAGAGCUACACUCUUAGUGACACAUGCCAUCCUGCUAUUGCAAAACUAUACACAUCUAUACCGAAUUCGAUGACUGCUUUUGACCGUGGGGAGUGUGACAGCUAUCUCUGGACACAAAAGUAUGCCCCGACCUCAGCUGGGCAAGUGCUCCAGACAACCAGGGAAGCUUCCAUGCUACGAGAUUGGCUGAGAUUUCUUAUGGUGUCUGCUGUUGACACCGGUAAAGUCUCCAAAGAUGGAGAGGCCAAACGAAGCUUGGACAAAAAGAAACGGAAGAAGCGCAAGAAAACGGAGAAUCUGGAUGGAUUUAUCAUUUCCAGUGCAGAUGAGGCAUCUGAAAUGGGUGAGGUAGACGAAUCAGAGGAAGAUGAGUUAGCGGGUGGUGUAACAGUCUCGUCGAAGAGAACGCUUAUUCGGUCUGGUGAUCUGACUUUAGAAAAGGGACGUGUGUCCAAUGCAAUACUUCUAAGUGGCCCUUCUGGAUCUGGAAAGACUGCAUCCAUUUAUGCGGCCGCAAAGGAGCUUGAUUUUGAGGUGUUCGAGAUUAAUCCGGGCAACCGCCGCAGUGCCAAGGACAUUGUGGAACGCGUUGGUGAUAUGACUCGCAAUCACCUCGUACAUAACAUGAAUGGUAACGACGAGAAACCUAGCCGCGAAGCCUCCGAUAUUGAUUCCCCGAAAGAUGAGACCUUCGAUCCCAAACAGAACAAACUGAUGGGCUUCUUCAAGACCACGUCUGCCGGUGCUAGCAAGGAGCAAAAGGCUCAAAGACAAAACUCGGUAAAACAAACAGACCAGAAACGUUCCCGGAGUCAGAAACAAUCUUUCAUCCUUCUGGAGGAAGCGGACCUUCUCUUUGAGGAAGACAAGCAGUUUUGGUCGGGUGUAUUGGCGCUAAUCAAUCAAUCAAAACGUCCAAUCAUUAUAACUUGUAAUGAUGAGAGUCGAAUCCCACUUGGGGAUAUAUCUUUUCAUGCCAUUCUCAGAUACAGGGUCCCACCGCAGCACCUUGUCGUUGAUUAUUGUCUUCUGCUAGCUGCGAAUGAGGGCCACAUGCUGAAACGCGAGGCUAUCAACGACCUUUUCCUAAGCACUGGCGGGGAUCUACGUCGAACAAUCACAGAACUGAACUUCUGGUGUCAAAUGGCUAUUGGUAGUGAAAAAUCUGGUCUGGAUUGGAUGAUUGACAGAUGGCCCCGAGGUUCCGAUAUGGAUCAGGACGGCUAUCCGCUCCGGGUGAUCAGCGUGAACUCGUACGAACCGUUCAUGGGCUGGUUCAGCCGUGACAUGCUGUUGGGUAAAGGAUUAGACAGUGAGGUCGAAUCGCAACAAGAAGCCUUUUCUUGGUGGGAUCUCAGUCUACAAGAUGCGGAAAGAAUGUCAGACAUGGAUGUGGCGCAUGUUACACCGGCCGCGUCAAACAAAGAACGGCUUGAUAGACUGCAGUAUCAGUCCAACCUCAUGGAUAUGAGAAGUGCCCUCGACGUCCUAAGCCUUGAUUGCUCACUUGAUCUUAGAUUGGAGGAUACUCUCGAUACUUCUAUACCUCCACUGCCGGAGAAGCAAAAAGCCAACUAUAUUGACGGUUAUCCCUUAUUACUUGCCGAUGUCGUGCCCGAUUACUCGUCAUUGUCUAGGAGUAUCGCAAGUACAUUCGGGGUUUUGUUAGGCAGAGUUUUUCGACCAUGUCGCGAACCCAACGUCGAAUCAUUACAAGCGAAUAAAGUACUGAAAAACGUUACCAAACCCAGGUUCACGAAUUCCCAGCAGGCAGAAUUAACUAGAGCCUUUGAGCCAGUCAUGAGAGCAAAAUAUAUAUUCCCUCUCCCAACAGGACGGCUAAGUCCAUCGUUCGAAAAUGGAUUACGGCCUAUUAGUGAAGACCUCGGCCCGUACGUGCGUGCGAUUAUCGCCUUUGAUCUUCGUCUCGAGCAGUAUCGGAUGCAACUCAGCGGAUUACUCUCCCAGAAUGGACACGGUUCGAAGAGGGCGCGAACAACAAGGGCGAGUCGCGCGGCACUUGAAGGUGGCAGCAAAGCCGAAACACGAAAGGAACGAUGGUUUCCUCCUGAUGCCAAUCCCACGCUUAUUCUCGCCACAGGUGGGCAAGAUUGGCAGGAUCUAUUAGUACAGAAUGGCCAUUUCGUGGUUUCAUAUGCGGAACCUGGCAGAGAAUGCAAUGACCAUGCAGCAGGAGAGAGUUCCAGCGAGGGUGGAGUUUGA